AUGUCUUCGCAGUACGCUUCGCACGGUCGCGGCGGCGCGGGCAACAUGUCCGACGUCAAGUCCUCGCCCAAGCUUCAGCCCUCCGACCUGCAGACCCCGACGCUCAAAAAGCCCAUUGUCACGACUGGCCGCGGCGGCACAGGUAACAUGGCCAAGAACGAGGAUCCCGUCGAAACUCGUUUGCGCCAAGACGUUAGACCUGUUCCCCGUCGCUACAGCAGUGGCGCUCAGCACGCAGGUCGCGGCGGCGCUGGCAACGUUUUCAAGGACGACACCGAAGAAUUGACCCGCACUACGAGCCGCGAGCAAGCUGUUGCCGACGAUACAGAGCGCCCCGAGACGCCAUCCAAGCUUCGAAAGGGCUGGCCCUUCGGCAAGAAGGCUUAA